GUGGGUAGCCAAAACAAUUGUAACAACGCAAAUAUAGAAUAACGAAGUAACGACAAAGAGUUUUGUAAUCUGAAAUAAGAUCAUAAAUAUUUUAGCCUGAAAGUCAGAAACAUGUUCUUAUUGGCAUAUACAAUAUUCUGUUUCUACAUACAGGAUAACUCGGCAACUUCCUCAGAAGUGGUCGUAGGCAGCAACAAAUUUAAUUGUGAAUACAAUGUGCUGCAGAAACUUAUUCGACUUGAGGACAAAACUGCUCAACAGGACAUAAAAAUCGCGUCUUUAACAGAUGAACUAAAAGAUGCGAAAGACACAAUAGCUGAAUUAAACGAAGCCGGUACAAACUACAUACGCUGGGGACGGACCACUUGUCCUAGUACAGCAUUUCUGGUAUACGAAGGAUUCGUUGCUGGAGCUCACUAUACACAUAGCGGAACCGCCGUCAAUCCAUUGUGCCUGCCUAUGGACCCUAUCUAUGACAAAACUACAGAUGGUUUUCAAAGUGCUGGUAUCAUAUAUGGGGCUGAAUAUGACACUUACUCAUACAAUGCAUGGAACUACCUCCAUGAUCAUGAUAUCCCAUGUGCAGUUUGUCGCAUUCCUCGUAAUAACGUCCUUAUGGUGCCUGGAAAAAACGAAUGUCCCCUGAACUAUACCCUGGAAUAUAAAGGCUACCUGAUGUCAAGUCACUAUAAUCACCAUGCGUCUGAAUUCGUAUGUGUUGAUGAUCAACCGGAAGUAAUUCCGGGUACCCGUACGAGUCAUGAUGGCAAACUGUUCUAUUUUGUAGAAGGGUCGUGUGGCUCACUAAAAUGUGACCCAUAUAAAGAAGGUUGGGAGAUUACAUGCGCCGUGUGUUCGUUUUCACCCAGUUCAAGGCAUACGAGGUUACAGCCGUACAACUGACUUCACUCGAAGAUUAUUAUAUACAUAGACUCUUUCUUGUUGGUUUAAAAUUCCCCACUGGCGUAUUUAUUUAACAUCUUUUUAAAUUCUUACUUUGGGUAUAAGGUUACACGGACUUAAAAACACUUCAAGAAUUCAGAAUUGACUCCACGCUUUCACAAACAAUUACUUUUUUAUAUCUUUGUUUUGUUUCUUUUAAUGUAAAAUGAACUUGAUUUUAUUAAUUUUAGACUUUUUGAUUUACGCUAAAAUAUUUCUCUACGAAGACAAUUACUACAGUUUCAUUCUUUGAAAUUAUAAUUAUAAUGAAUUUUUAUAUAAGUUUGCUCAUCUUUAGACCUUAAGCAACUUUAUGGAAAUCUGAUCGGAAACUGAAAUCGUUCACGGUUAAAAAAAAGAUGAAAUGAUUUUUACCUCAUACAAAAAAAAAUCGUUUAAUAUACGAGGGAUGUUCGAAAUGAAUUGCUUAUUUCUAUCUGGAGACUUAAAAUUUUAAGUUAGCCCUAAAGGGCUCAUUUCAUGCCUUCGAAGUUCUCCCCGUGGCUAGAAAUGCAAAGUUUCAGCCGAUGUAUCCACUUCUUGAAGGCGUCACGGUACGCUGAUUUGGGCACAGUAAUAAGGUACUGAUGAAUGGCAGAUCCAAGUGCCUGUCAGGACUGGUAUUUCGCCCAACAAUGAAUGAUUUCAAUUUCGGAAACAAAAAGAAAUCACAUGGGGCAAGGUCUGGGGAAUACGGGGGGUGAGGCAAAACGGUUACUUUUUCUUUCUUCAAAAACGCCGUAACUAUUGCGAAGGUAUGAGCGGGGGCAUUGUCAUGUAGAAGACGGACAUGUUUAAAACCAGUGGCAGGGCGUCGUUUAUGAUGAUACUUUUUCAGUUUCUUCAGUACUACGUCUUUGUAGUACUUUCCGGUGAUGCUUUUGCCCUUUUUCACCGGCACUUUUAUUGCGACUCCUUCACCAGAGAAGAAGAUUGCCUACAAAACCUUCUUUGCACUCAAAGAACGUUUGGCAAUUAUUGGGCGUUUGCUGUGUUUAGUGGCCCAGAUCUUAUUGCUAACCUUUCUGACGGGCUCAAAAUAAUGGACCCAGGUUUCAUCACCUGUGACGACAUUGGCAAACUGCUUUUUAUCAUAUUUUGGAAACAUUUGAAGCAGCUUUUUGGCCACUUUAACCCGUUGCCUCUUUUGCUCAUCAGUAAACAGAUGUGGCACCCAUCUAGCAGAAAUCUUUCUGACUUUCAAAUGCCUCUUCAAAAUAAGGUGAACCGUUGACAGUGAUAUGCCUACCUUUCGUGCAAUAUCACCAACUGUAAAUCUGGCAUCUCCUUCAAUGAUUUCCUUUAUUUUGGAAACGAUUUCUUUACGAGAUGCAGAUUUUGGCCUACCUGAUUUCGGUGCAUUUUUGGUGGACUCUACACCAGACUCAAAUUUCUUUUUCCACCGCCGAACUGUGUCAUAAGACACACAAGAAGGUCCAUAAGCAGUAGAAAGAACAACCAAGUUUUGAGCGAGCUUUGAUGUAAGCCCGUAUUUCAUGUUUCUUGUCGACGCUUCUACCAACCAUUUUUACUACAGUGGUCAAUGAUUGCGUGUAUUCAAAUGGCAAAUUUUAUGUCUUACACUUAGUCUAUCAUGUACAUUUAUACACCGUUGUGUAGGUAUUGAAUACCCCUAUACAGGUAGGUAUUGCUUUUUAUCGUGCCCCAUGUGGAUAUCGAGCUAGAGGACAAUAAGCAAUUCAUAUCGAACACUCCUCGUAUUUGGUAUACAGUUAUAUACCAGCUAUCGUUUAGAGUAUAUGAAAUAUUGAUAGAUCAUAGAUACAACUGAAAUGAAAAUCAUUGACCGUAGACAAAAAGUGUAGCUAUGCUUGCAAUGACCAUCAAAAUAGUGCUUCAUGUUUUCUAAAACUUCAGAAUUUGACGAAAACUACUUUUACCACUUCCUUUUGCUACAGAUCACAAGAUAAUAUUCUAUUUCAAAUCUGAUGGCAUAUUCCAGAAAAUUAAAUGCCAAAAUUCAUCAUUUACUUUGUCUGAUUGUACGAUAAAUCUGUCUACCAAGUUGAAGUAUUAUUCAGAUUGUUUAAAACUUUGUCUCAAAACUUGAUAUAAGUUACAGUAAUAUCAUUUUGAUCCUUUUCCACUUAAUCAAUUUGGCUAAAUAUAUUGUUUAAAUUAAAGUGGUUGUACAAAUAUUUGUUUUGAUAUUAUAUGUUACAUGUUUUGUAUUUUAUUUUAUAAAAAAUAAAAUUUUACUGUGCAGUUUGCUACUUAGUAUAUUGUCUCAGGCUUUGGCGUCGGCGUCGUUUAUAGUAUAGAAGUUGGUCAAUUGACAUGUUUAUAUAGUAAAAAGAAAGUAGAAAUUUUUAUUGUUUGACAGAAAAGGCUAUUAUGUGAUCAAAUGAAUAAUAUAAUUGUGACUUUCCACAUUAAAUUUAUUAAACUCGU